AUGUCUUUACUACCUGAAUCAAUGGGUCUCCGUCAAGAAAUAGUGCCCGUAGCUUUUGCGGCAGUGGUGUUAUGUAUGUUCGCUGUGUAUGAAUGGAUGCGCAAGGUUAAACCUGUUGGUACGUUUUCUGCUCUAUCGGGGAACCUAUCUAACAAGACAGCCAAAACGGAUCUUGAAUGGAAGACUCCUCCACCCAAGCCUCUGCUCGACUUUGACCUUGACGCAAAGAAGCCUGAGCUUUACCGACCCUGCCGCCAUGGACCCAACCACGUCACCAUGGGCAUUCGAAAGAUGGACUGGAACAAUUGGAUUGAGAUGGACUCCAACUUUCUCUGGUAUCACGAUCUCAAGGUCUCUGAGCUCGAGAAGGAUAUUGAUGCGCAUGUUCGAUAUGUUGACAACACUGUUACUCGAGACGCCUGUUUCGAGGUUCUAGAUGAACUGACUGCAUACUUGACUGUUCGGUAUCCCAAGAUCUUUCAGCUCAGCAACGGCAUUCUUCGCAAUACUUUGACCAAGGAAGAGUUCAAUUACCCAGCCAAUAAUCCCAAGGAAGCGAUGGCCACAGCUGCCAAACUGGUCCAGGACGAUCUCAUCAUCAUGGUUGAAGAAGACGACGGCCAAUACCACCUUGACGCUGGAGCUGUCUGCCUACCUGGCUUUUGGCGAUUGAGCGAAAAGUUCAGAAUGUCUCUAGACACUCUACACAUUGAAGCCAAGGUUCCUCAUUACCAGUCAAAGCUGCAAAAGUCUAUGAACCGCUUCUUCAAGACGAUGCAGCCAGAUAAAGCAGUGAUCCGUAACAAUUUCUUCAUCCAACUCGAUGACGGUCUUCACUGGUCUCACCGAAUGGGCGAUCAAGACAGUAAUGAAGUAGCCUCCUGGGAAACGGCAAAUGACAAGGGUCUCACCAUAAACGACCUCUACUUCCGUUCCGAGAGACAAUCCCUCCGACGACUUCCUCGAUCUAAAGCCCUCCUCUUCACGGUACGCACAUACUUUGAGCCAAUCACUACGAUCGCACAAGAACCCCAUGUCCCAGGGCGCCUGGCUGAAGCAAUUGAGAAUUGGGAUGAGGCAGCUUCAAAGUACAAGGGCAAACAUCACUGGGCGGAUAUUCUGUUGCCGUAUUUGCACGAACAAGACGAGUUGCAGAAGGAAUCAGGGGUUUUGGAGAAAGUUCCAGAGGGAAGCUUCCCGUAUUAG